CUGAGAACUAGUGACAACAUGCUCUGGUUGUUCCUAUCUAAAGUUUUAACUAGUGUUCUAUUGUUUCAUUUCAAACCAAACAAACUUACAUUUCUUAAAAAUUGCUUUUAGUUCAUCAUAAAGACAUGUUUUAACAUUUUCAACCAUCUUACCUGAGGCGCUUGCUCACUCCUUUACAUCAGGUGGCGCUGUAAACAACGUGAUCAUAUGAACAUCGACACGUCACGUGUCCACGUGGGAGAAACCCGGGUAUUUUAGAGCUCCUUGCUUCAACCCUGCUUCAUCCACGCAACUAAUAAUCACUAAAUGGAGUUUUUAGAGGAGAAUGUGAGAAUCCCGUUCGAGCAGAAGGAGCUGGACGGUGUGUUGACGGUCCCUGCUGACGUCAGCGCGGGACAGUGCACAGCUGUGGUGUUGACUCACGGCGCGGGGGGAGACAUGCGCACCAAACAGCUGGAGAGCCUCGCGCACGCUCUCGCCCGCGCAGGCAUUCUGUGUCUGCGAUUCACCUGCAGGCCGCCGAACCUUCAAUACAGAAUCAGAGCGUAUAGCGCUGUUGUAGAGUACUUAAAGACCCAUGAGAGAUAUGCACCAAACAGCCUUUUCUUGGGAGGACGCUCUAUGGGUGCUCGUACAGCUGUUGCUGUGUGUAAACAUGUGUGUGACAGAGAGAAGGAUGCAGUCCAAGGUGUUCUGUGUUUGUCAUUCCCACUGCAUGUACCAGGAAAACCACAAACAUAUGUUGAGCGGAGCCAUGGCCUGCGUGCACUGUCCCAAACUUCUGUGCUGUUUGUUUCUGGCACUGCAGAUAACAUGUGUCAACAGGUGAACACAUAUGAGACGUUUGCAAUUGGUUUGGGCUUUAAACUGGAAUCUUCUACAACAUGUUAUGCAUGUCAUGAAAAACCCUUCUGCGGUUCACUGGGUAAAGGAUGCAAACCAUGGACUCACAGUACGUGGCAGAACAGAAGAAUCAGUACAGGAGGAAGUCAAUUCACAGAUUAUUGCAUGGGUACUACAACACAAAUGAAAUGCAUCUUUAUAAAUAGAUAAAUGUAGUUAUUACUGUUUGGAUGAAAGAAGAUGGCGAUCUGUUGACCCCUUACCCUCUGUUUAUAGUUACCGUAUAUUAACUGUGUUCUCUCUCUCUCUCUCUCUCUCUCUCUCUCUCUCUCUCUCUCUCUCUAUAUAUAUAUAUAUAUAUAUAUAUAUAUAUAUAUAUAUAUAUA